AUGAACGAGCUGACGCACUACUGGCCCGCGACCAGUGCGACGCUCAAGUUGUUCCGGCACGUCUUGGAAACGACAAAGCCCAUGAUGGACUCGCAUUUCAACGAUCAAGUUUCGCGCGUGUCUUCCGGCGCUGCUACCGCGAAUGCUUCGGGUCAAGGCCUCGGACCGGAUAAUUGGGAUUCCAUGUUUUCCAACCUCUAUACUAUCGCUCCAGAGCCGGAAUGGUCCAACAUCGAAUCCUGGUUUGGGGUCUAA